GGCCGCCGUCCGCUGCUGAUCGCCACGCGGGGCGGGGGUACACCCCCUAGCGCCUCCCUGUCGCGCGCAUUAUUGCUCUGACUCCGCUUCACUCCUUUCCUUUCCGUCCCCGUCGCCGUCGCCGUCGCUGUCGCCGCCCCGGUCUCCCACUCGCGCCUCCUCCUCCGCCUCUUAUCCUCUGCAGCCUUGUCUCUCGCGACUCGUUGGCAGUUACUGCCUGUUGCUGUGGCUGUAGUGGAGGCCUGUGCUGGCGGCGAGCGGGGACGGAGCAGCCAUGGAGGCGCCCACGCCGGUCCUGAGCGAGAGAACGAACCCGCUGCUCAGAAGAUCAUCCAGUCCAUCUGGCGUCACGCUGCUUCAACCCCACGCCGACAACGGCGCCUACUCCUUCCUCGACACCGCAGGGUCCUGCUCGACGAGAUUCAGUAGCGGCUCAGUGACAUCCGAGGACUCGCCGGCGCUGACGCCCAGGCUGCUGUCCAUCCAGUCCAGCUCCAGCCCCGACAACUACUACUCGUCCGAAUGGCCUGACCGAGCGGCGGCGUCGCGCUCCAACCUGAUGAGGGUACUCGACGCGAACGCGCAGGCCAGGUCCGCCGAGUGCCUGGACCUGAUGAGGGUGGAGAUCGAUGCGCAGCUCGGAAAGCUCAAGGGGGGUGUCACCAGCCUCGAGAACUAUGCCUUGCCGGACAACGGCCGUGUGAUCGGCGGUGCGCACCUGGGCAUGUCGCUUGAUGUCAUGCUGAUUGAGAUCGAUGAGAGGUUCAACGCCCUGAAGCUGCUCAUGGGUGCCGUGUUCCGGCAGGCGAAAGAGAUUCUUGGAUCGGUCAACGCGUCGGCGUCUGAUCUCCAGUGGGAGCAUGAACUGCAAUUGGAAGUCUUUGGUGCCACGAUCGGGGAGUGUGUCAGUGGCCUGCAGGAGGAGCUAGAGAGGAGGCUGUAUGAGCAAAUUAACAUCACAAACACCAUGAGCAGGAACUGGAAGGAGGCCAUAGCUCAAUUUGCUGCGAUGCGCGAAGACCUUGGUGCUCUUUGUAAGUUGCUACUGCCUUCAGUAUCAGAAGCACAUAUUUCUAACAGCAAGCAUGAAAGUUCAGGCAGUAGGAGCAACAGGUGGAAGUACACUUUCUUUGGAAAGAAAACAAAAGAGGAUCGUUCUCCGCGUGCCGAGGACAGUAAGAGUUUCAGGAAGCAAAAAUCAUUUGGGGCAAAGGAUGUCAUCUCAGAAAAAUCUGACUUUCGCCAUCUCAAUGGUAUGUCUAGAGAUGAAGUGAUAAGCUAUUUUAAGUCUGAGAUCAGCAAACUGAAAAGGAUGCACGAAUCUGCAUUGCAAGAGAAGACAGAAGAACUAUUCAGGUUCAAACGGGAGAAGGGGUCACAUUCUCUUAAGAAUGACGUGGAAUUUGAACCUCUGAGAAAGAAAAUUCCGGAUAUCAUUUCAAGAAUGGACCAGAUCAUUUCCAAGAAUAUAAAGGUACCUGCCAUCUGCAUGACUCAUGAUGAGCUCGGUGAAAGAUGCAGACUGACAAGCAGAAUAGAUGCUUUGUACUAUGAAAAUCAGCAUCUACGAGGAUUGCUUGCAGAUAAGAUGAAGGAUGUUAAGACAUUAUCAUCUCAGCUGUCUGAAGCCAGUACAGAACUGUCUCUUCAGUUGUCAUCAGAAGAAGAGCUCCUGAGACAAAUUGACAAAAUCAGGGAAGAGUAUGAGGACCUCCGAAUUGAAGGCGAUGUUAGAGAUGGGCUGUACCAAGCUGUUACAAAACAAUUGCUUGAUGACUCUAAGGAUAACAUGGAUACUGCUGCAAUGAAUUUUAGUGCAAAAAUGUCUUCACUUGAAUCUGUAAUCUCUGAAAAGGAUAAGGCAUUGUGUUUAUACAAUGAAGAAAAUCACAGGUUAAAGGAGAAGUUAGCAGAGCUAGAAAAGGAGCGUUUGAUCCAGAAUCACCAGGAAGACCCUGAAGUGAUCAAGCAAGAGAGUACAGAAAUUGUUCUGCGUGAUAUUGAAGUGGAGCCUCGCACAUCACCAAGAAGAUCAAACAGGCACGAUUUGCAGUACGGUGAACUUGUGAAACUGAACUCAAGCUUAGAGAUUGAAUCAGGUGCCCUCAAGGAAACUGACAAGAAAAAUGUGGAUCAUAGUAGUGGUCCCACUAAGAAAGAGCAGGAAAAGAAGCUGGAGUGCAUUUUAGUAUCUAUUAUGAAGUUAUCAAAAGAAUUUGUGGAGAUUGAGAAAAAAAUGUCAGUGGAAAGAACUGAAAACAGGUCAGAGGAUUUAAGUGAUCAUUGCAGCCACAUGGUCAGACAAGCCGUGGUACUAACAAAAAUAGGGCUCUGGUACAAACAGAUGCUUGAAACAAGACGUUCUGAGCUCCAAAAGGCUGAAGCCAAGGUUGUCAUAUUGGGAGACAAGAUAAAUGCACACUUAAGCCUUCUUCAAAAGAUAUAUUUAACUCUUGAUCGCUACUCUCCUACGUUGCAGCAUCAUCCUGGUCUGCUAGAUGCUUUCCUGAAGACCUGCAAACUUGUUUCAGAUUUGAGAAGUAAACAGAACGAAACAUAAAUGAGGGCAGCUUGGUGAGAUGUCCCUUGGUGGCUAAUGUUUUUUGUGCCAUCAGGAACAUAUUAUUGUUUUAUGGGGCAUUGGCAUGUAUUGACGACCACUGGUCACCCACCGGUUCCUCAUGUGCUUAGACAGUUAGACAUGCGGCACCCCUGCAGUUGCAAACCAAGUGAAGGAUCCUUAUCUGAGGUUUCAGACUUUCAAUUAAUACAAUGAUACGCAGCUCUCCUGCGUGUUCGAGAAAAAGGUUUCAGACUUUCAGAUCCUGAUCUGGCUGUAUAUCUAACCAGCAAUUUAGCAGUUACCUUGCUGAACUUGUGAAGUGCAAGUAUAUACAUGUGGUCAGAGCUCCAGUCCAGAAAACAAUCUUCAUGAGGAUCAUCAUGAGCGUGUAGUUUUUUAUUUUUUUUAUCUGCAGAUGAUCGAUUGCCAGAAAUCUGAAACCACAUCUUGUAGAGAAGAAAUGUCAAUGAUGGGGACCUACCUGCUAAUGUACAGAUGACAUUCGCUUACUUUCUUGUUGGGUAGAGAAUAGUGUUACUUGUAUAGUUAGCACUAGCAGCCUAGGCCACAGAAUGUAUUGAAGGGUGCUCUCACUGUUAAUCCAGGGCACUAGGUAGAUCACAUGUAAACCAAUUGUAAGCAAGAUAGUUUAUUCUCUUUCUGUGAUGAGUAUCUUCCCUCCAUCUAGCUUGAUGGUGUUGCUCAAUAGUUUACACUAAGAU